AUGGAUUUGUCAUCGAAGCAAAAAAAGCGAAGCCAAUCACGGGAGAUUCAGAUUCCAAUGGAUGUGGUGACAGAGGUUCUUACAAGAUUGCCUGCUAAAUCCCUCAUGAGGUUCAAGUGCGUCUCAAAGCUUUGGGCAUCUCUAAUUCGCUCCCAAUAUUUCACCAGCCGUUUCCAAAUGGUCUCAUCACAACGUCUGUACAUGUCGUUGUCGAACCACAGCGAAGGCCCUAACCCUAACCCUAUAAUCCUAUCAUCGGCUCCACACGCUACUACUCCGUCUUCCUUUGUAGUAAACCACAAUCUGACCAUCCCAAGGCGGAUAUGUAACUACAACCCGCAAUAUAUUCGUGGCUUCAUGUGCUCCUCAUAUAAUUCUAGUAUCCCACGAAUCUACAACCCUGCCACCAGACAACUUGUGACAUUACCCGACAUAAGUAGUACAUACUGGUCUCCAGAAUGCAACGAUACGUUAUACUGUUUUGGACACGACCCUGUUCACGACCAGUACAAGGUAAUAUGCUCGAGGUUUCUAACAACUAGGAGAAAAACAGAGCAGUGGGUCUUGGUCCUAAAACGUGGAGCCUCUUGGAAAAAGGCGAGCCCUGCUUUAGUUGACUUUUGUCCUGUUUACUACAGACCAGGACUGACUAUCAAUGGGGUUAUAUAUUACCUGGGUAUGCCUUAUUAUACUGCGCAUGUUACGUAUAGUUACGUGGUUGUGAGCUUCGACAUUGGAUCUGAAGAGUUCAAAACGAUCCAAGUACCUGGCAAGUGCAUAGUCGAGAAUGCGUUUCUUGUAGAGUAUGGUCGAAAAUUAGCGUUUUUGGACCUAACAAGUCUACAUGCAAAGGGUACGAUGGAUCUAUGGGUUUUGGAAGAUGCUGAGAACAAGGAAUGGUCGAGCAAGGCUCUGGUUUUGCAGCCUUCUCAGCUCCAUUUGGUCAAUAACAUUGAUUUUACGGUAAAUGGAACAACUCAAAGUGGCAAGGUAGUAUUGAUACCACGUGACUUGAAAAUACCAAGUGGUUUGAUUUUUUCCUUUUACAUUCUCUGUUAUGAUCUUCAAAGAAACGACAUGAGAAAGAUUGAUAUCCAAGGUAUACCAGAGCACUGGUUUAGUAAGAAAACGAGGGUAUCGAUUGAAAUGAUGUUUAUGGAUCAGAGUGAGAGCAUCGUGGAUCUUGGAGACUUGUAUUAA